AGCCUGCAACCACGGGCUUAGUUGAUCAUGUGUCCAACAUGGCCUGGACACAACGGUUGCCUGUAAUUCCAUACAUGUUCAUACCACUGCGAGUUCUCCUUGUGGUGUUCCUUCCCGUAGCAUCUGUGACGAGCCACGAUGCGCCACUCGAGAUGCAGGUCAGCUCGGCGGGGGAGAUCGGCCCCCGCAGGGCCAUGAUGCGCGCGGAGAAGUUGGCCCUGGAGGAAGCCAGCAGCGACGCAACCACCACUGCGGCCAAAACAACGACUGCAGCCAAAACUACGACUGCAAAGGCCACUACCACAGAAAAGCCCACGACCACAGAGAAGAAGACAACCACUGAGAAGAAGACAACGACUGAUAAGAAGACAACCACUGAGAAAGCCACAACCACCGAGAAGAAGACUACUACAGCAAAGGCCACUACCACGGAAAAGGCCACUACCACUGCAAAGCCCACAACGACUGAGAAGAAGACAACCACUGCAAAGCCCACAACUACUGAGAAGAAGACAACCACCGAAAAAGCCACAACCACUGAGCAGAAGACGACUACUGGAAAGGCCACUACCACGGAAAAGCCCACAACUACUGCAAAGAAGACAACCACUGCAAAGCCCACAACUACUGAGAAGAAGACAACCACUGAAAAAGCCACAACCACUGAUAAGAAGACAACUACUGCAAAGGCCACUACCACUGCAAAACCCACAACGACUGAGAAAAAGACAACCACCGCAAAGGCCACAACCACGGAGAAGAAAACUACGACUGCAAAGGCCACUACCACUGAAAAAGCCACAACAACUGGCAAAACAACUACAGCAAAGCCAACUACGACCGGAAAAGCCACGACGACCGGAAAGAAAACAACCACAGCAAAGGCCACAACAACUGAAAAGGCCACGACCACUGGCAAGAAGACGACUACAGCAAAGCCUACGACAACAGCUGACGAAGAGACGACUACUACUGCUGACGAAGAGACGGCCACUACAGAGGAGGAUGAGACCACCACCAAAGAAACCACGACGGCAGAGAGCACAACCACAGAAGCCACCACAACAUUGGAGAAGACCACAACCAAGAGCACAACCGAAUCAACAACAGAGCCCGAGGAGACUACCACAAAGUCAACUACACUUGAGGAGGAGGAAGAAGAGAUGACUACAACGGAAGAGAAGGAGGAGACAACCACUCGGAGCACAACUGAGUUGAGUACCACCAGAAGUACCACUGAGGCGCCGACGACCACCGAGCCAACCACGAAGCAGACGACACUGGCCACGACGAAAAUGACAACUGCUAGCACUUCAUCAUCUACUUUGUCUACAUCUACGACCUCUACAGUUGCGCUGAGCAACACCAGUGUUGCAGUGAGUACAACGCCUGAUACCACAUCCAGCACGACUACCGAGUCUUCAAGUUCAACCACUACGCUGCCGCUCACGACUCCUCCAAGCACGAUGACGCAGACGUCUACGACCACCACAACUGAAACCUUCACAUCAACCGUGACCAACACGACCACCCUUCAACCAGCCACCACCACAGUGACAGCGAGCUCAACUUCAACCUCAACAGUGACAGAGACUCGAACCCGCACCAGCACCACAGAGAUGAUCACCACGCGGCCCAAUCCCACCAGCACGGUGCUCCUGAAUUUCACUGAUGAGGAGACCGACAUCCUCAUCUCCCUGGAGAAGGGCGGGCUGAUGGGCACCCUGGCCAACGCCCUGUCCCUGGAGCAGGCCGCCAUGGCGUGCACGGCGGCGGGCAGCAAGCUCUGCAGCGCCAGAGAUGCUGAGGACGGGUGGGCGAAGUUCCGCAACUCCGGCGCGGCGGGGCGGGCCUUCUCCGCGUGGAUCGCCGCAGGCGCAGGCUGCAUCGUGGAGAAGAAGAUGUCCGUGGAGCAGAUCCCAGUGAGCUGCGGGCACUCUGCGACUUCCCAGUACGACGCCUUGUGCUGCCAGAAGGAGGUGCCCAGCACCACUCCGGCCACCCGCAGCACCACCACCGAGGAGCUGCCGACCAGCCAGCUGGCCACCACCCGCGGAGCUGGGGAUCUGCCGUUCCAGGAUGGGGACGAGGAGGAGAUCGUCAUCCCCGAGACAACUUGGGUGCCGGAGACCACUCGCACGCGGACCACCACCACGACCAACACCACCACUACCACCAAGCCCCCUACCACCUCCACACUGACCACCACCACCGCAACCACCACAGAGACUGUGACGACCACCACCAUCACGGUGACGACCUCCACCUCCACCACAGCCACCUCGACCACCACCACGCUGCCUCCGUGCAAGUACUCCGCCUGGGGCGGAUGGACGGACUGCUACCCCUACUGUGCGGGCACAAAGCAUCGGUCGCGCAGAACCGACAUGGUGGGACUGGUGAACGAUCACUGCAAGUUUUGGUUUGAGGAGGCCAACUGCAGCAGCCUUUGCAUCGACUGCAAGUGGAACGAUUGGCAGGACUGGGCGGACACGUGCCCGCAGCAGCCCAAGCAGGGCACACGCAUGAGGAUCCGCGACAACACGCCGCCCCAAGGGGGCGGCGCGCACUGCCAGGGCGACUCGAAAGUGUCGGAGAACUGCCCGAUCGACUGCUACUUCACGGAUUGGUCGGAAUGGACGUCGUGCCCACCCUGUUCGACCUCGGCGGUGUCUGAGAGUUCGCGCCAGAUGGUGGAGGCCCAGUGGGGAGGGCUGCCGUGCUUCGAGACGCACAAGCUGCAGACCAAGCGGGAGAAGAUCUGCUUCGACCCCUCCUGUGCUACUCCCUGCACCUGGGACGACUGGCGGGAAUGGGGCGAGUGCACGAUCACCUGCGGCGCCGGGGCCACCCGGACCCGGGAGAGGAACUACAAGCACUCCGCGGUGGCAGGAGUGCAUUGCCGGGGCCUGGACAAGCAGGAGCAGGACUGCGUGCAGCUUCCGGCGUGCCCGACCACCACCACCACGGUGACCAGCACCAGCACCACCAAGACCACCACCACCAUCACGGAAACUGGCACGACCACCAGCACCACCAUCACCUCCGUCACCAGCACCAGCACCAUGACGGAGACGGAGACCACCACCACCAGGACCGCCACGGAGACGCAGACGACCACCACGGAGACGGAGACUGUCACGGAGACCACCACCACGGUGACCACCACGCAGACGACCACCACGAAGACGAAAACGGACACCACCACGACAGCGACCGAAACGCAGACGUCCACCACCACGACCCUCACCAAGACGGAGACGACCACCACUGCGACGGUGACUGGCACCUCCACUACCACCACGGUCACCAUCACUGGCACCACCACCACAGUCACUGGGACCACCACCAGCUCCACCAAGACAUCCACAAAGGCGGCGACCGCGGCGCAGGCAGCGAGCGCGCCUCUGCCCUUCGAAGCGAACGACACCCAGGAGGCACGGAAUCUUCAGGCGCGGAAUAUCUCAGAGGUGGAGCCGCUCAGCAGCACAAGCGGCUCAAGCAGCUCAAGCAGCACGAGCACCAGUACCACCACCACGGUCACCAGCACGGGAACCACCACCACGGUGACUGCCACCACCACCACAGUCACCACCACCACAAUCACCAGCACUACGCUGGCGAACACGACCGGCAACAUCACCGCAGCCUCCGAGGAGAUCUUGGAAGGCUUGGGGGAGGCGGGGGUGAUCGACCAGUCGAAGCUGCCCUUUGACCAAGGAAGCGGCAACAUCGUGGACACCAUCGUCGGGGCCGUGAAGAGCACGCUGGACGCGAGGCCCCCCUGCAAUGGCAGCAAGCCGGAGAAGCCGGAGGAGGUGGGCACUUCUUUGUCUCCGGCGAGCACUUCCGUGGAGAUCUUGCGCUCCGGGGAUGUGCUGGUGACCAACGGAAACGAGGUGGAGGUGAUCCACGGCGCGGCGCCCCACGUCACCACCAAGCCCGAUGCGGACGGCACCACUGCUCCGUACCCGGCGCAAAGCCUCUUGGAGACGAGAAGCUCGCUGAGCGAUGUGGCGGCGCACAACAUCCCAUAGGGAAGGAGAUGAGCUAAAGCUGCUCAAAAAAGCGCAUAGUGGCAUAGUACGAACGAGUCUUAGAUGAGAACGCGUGACUUU